AUGUUUGACCACCGACAAACGCUGAAUGAGGAGCUGCUGGAGGAGGCGAUGGAGUGUGCCGACAGGAGCCCCAGCAGGGAGUAUGGCGACAGCAGGCCCGGAUCGACAAGUGCAGCGGCCGCGACUUCCACCACAAGCGAAGUGGUGGCAGUAAAACCCGGCAGAAGAGUCGCCCGCGUCAUUGAAGAAGUCAUGCGAUCCAUCGAGGAGCGCGCGAGGGCCGUCACGCGUAAAAAAUUUUGGCACGAAGAAGAAUCUUUUGAAACUUGUAGCUCCCGCAUGAAUCACAACGCAGAGGAUGGCAUACAGAUGUACCGCAAUAUGAUUCCGGACCCGGUGAUUACAAAAGGCCUGCCCACCCAUGAUGAGGAGGAGAUGAUCGCCUUUUUGCAGAACACGGAGCAUUUUUGCCUGCUGCGACAUGACGAGAUGCGAGAGGUGGUGCAGGCCUCUCUACGCCGUGAAUAUCUGCCGGGAGAAGUUGUGCUUCCAGAGGGCGGACACGCACCGCACAUGUACAUUGUUGUUGGGGGUGAAGUGGAGGUGUUUGCCCCAAACGACAGCGGCACGGACUCGCCUCAGCGAUCGAAACGCGCACACCCCUCGUCUCUUAAAACGCAAAAAAAAUGGUCUUGCCGUGCGGGUGGCACAUAUUGUUUUUUGGAUGCCGCUCAAAAAGAAGAUGAUCUCCAGCAAUCACGGGUGUUUCAUAAAGAGGAACUGUGUCCAGAGGUGUUGCCACUUGUGGAGGAAUGUGAGGCCAUGACGCACUGUGGCAAGGUGAAGCCUGGCAUGGUUUUCGGCCUGGAGCUCUGUGUUCUUAAAGACACCUCCCCACUGCGGUACGUCGCCGGCAUCACCUCCGAGCGCACGGUGCUGGCAUUACUUCCCCUGCGAGCGGUCCAGCAGCUUCUGGGGAAAAACCCGUGUUUUUCCCAAAGUGUGGGUCGGCACGUGGGCGAAGGUGAUAUUUUUAUUCCGGUUCGUGAGUUUUGCCGUUAUGUCUUCAUGCCCUCUGCGGCGAUGAAUGAGUAUCUCCCGCUCUGGACAAUUCUCGAUCGUUACACAAAGAUUGAGAACGUCAUUCACACAAAGCUGAAGAGCAAUACAAUAGACACAGCGGCGUGGAGUUACGCGUUGAAUCGUCUGCCGGAAAAUGUCACGACAACUUUUUGCUUUAAUCUCGUGUUGGCUCUACCGCCAUUUGUUGCGACGCGGAUGCGAGAAGAGGCGAAAAAGGCGGAUGUUCGUCAUUUCUUAAAGUUUGGAAAGAAUAAAUCCACAACAAAUCGGACCGCUAUUACAUACAUCCGCACCAAGGAACGCCGUCGCUGCACGUGGCAUUUGGGAAUGGAAGGAAAAACUCUCGUGCUGCUGCGUGAUGGAUACACGGAUCUUCUUGAUUUCCUCUCCAUGCUGUGUGUACAUAUCAUUGAAAGCAACAAGCUCCGAGGCCGUGUGCAAGGAAUGGUGCACCCACCGGCUAUUGAUAUCUUGGACGAAUAUUUGAAUAACCGUGAGGCCGAUGAAAGCGCCGGGCUGGUGCGCGACAAGGCACUUGAGUUGGAACGUGUUCAAGAGGUGUUAAAGAAUUUGCCCCUGACAAAAGACGAACAGAAGGGACUUUUAGAUUUAUGGCAGACGGAUUGCCUUGUUAAGAUUUAUGAGGUGAUGAUGCAUCGAGAGGAAUUUAAUGUACGCGUGGAUCCAGGUGUAUCCCGUAAGUUUCAGACGAAUCCAUUCGUUGAAUGGGCACUCAAUCUGCGUGCUUGCAUCAUGCAGAAAAUGGGCCUGAACAGUCAUUGGGUACCGCCGGAUGAUCUUUGCAUUGAUAUCGUUAGCAGUAAUACACACUGUAUCAAGAAUCUUCUUUCUAGCUUUCACCGCAAGCAUCGGAAAGCCAUUGAGGAGUAUGCACGACGUGAUAAACGACUCGGGCCUUUGGAAUCCUGGCACGUAGAGGAGGAUGCGUUUUAUGCCUCAACCACGGGAUUACUAUCUACAGAGCGAACAGACCUUAUGGAUGAUUAUGCAAAAGCCCUGGAGGAGAGUGGUAUAAUGGUGCUUGUGGACACGGCUAUGACAGGGCUUCAGGUGGACAUUAUUCCUGUGCAUGCGUUAAACUUUGAGACUAUAGACACUGUGUUGCAGGAAUCUCUGAAGCGUAUUUCCGGGGGCCAAGGACGGUUGGACUCCAAAAGUUGGCUGCAAAUGUGUCAACCACGACCUUUAACCAAAAAAAGCACGGAUGAAAUGUCUUCCCCCUUUUUUAGCUCUCCUAAACAUCAUUCUCGGUUGGAUCGACACUUUAUAAUCAAUAUGGAUUUUGCCUUUGGGGCGCAGGCGGAGGGCAUCUGCAGGGCGAUCUUUAGUGUCUUUGGACGCAGAAUCCGAAGCGUGAACGUGAUGGGGAAAGCCGGUGGGUUGGUUGGCAAACGUGGUGACAUUCAACUUCCUAAGGAGGUACUCAUGUCCAAAUCCAGUCUUAUUGUUGAAGAUUCACAAGAUGAGUUGCGUCGUUGCCGCAAUCAAGGCCUGACGGCAGAACGUCUACGGGAGUUGGCGGGCCCAAAUGUAUCGGUCCAUGAGGGAAGAAUUGUCACCAUCGCAGGUACCAUGUUGCAGAAUGUGCGAAUGCUGGAAUUCUAUAAACGUAUUUGGGGUUGUGUGGGGGCGGAAAUGGAGGCAUCGUUUUUUGCUCGUGUGAUUGAAGAUUUCUUCCGCCAAGGAAUUGCAAAUCGAGAACUGGAAACACGCUUUGUGUACUACACAAGUGAUUUGCCUCUAGGAAGCCAUGCGUCAAAGCGCACUACGGGUGCCUCCCUCUCUGUGCCAAUGACAGUGAAGGAAGGCGUGCCGUCACUUUAUGCCAUUGCGCGGGGCAUUUUAGAAAACAUCCUCCUCCCACGUUGA